AUGGCAGACACCGAGACCGCGCACCCGCGCAACCACAUCUCCGUGGCCAUAGACCCGGUCGCUCUAGUGGUCACAGAAUGCAUCACAGUCACGAGCGCCAUGCGCAAGCACGCGCGAUGGGCACACUCCUCUAUCUCCUCCAUCCUCGGAUCCUCGAGCACCUUGCGCCAGUCUCCCUCUGACGAACAAGGAUCGAGCAACGAGAGAAACAGGGCGAGCAGCAAGAUCGACCUGAUCGAAGACGAUGGCUCGCUCAAGUCAAGAUGGGGCCUUCGAGGGAAGAAGGGGCAGAGCAUGCAGGAUAACCCGCUGAUGAGCGCUUUCGCGAAGCUGAGGGCGGACUUGAAGCAGUGCAAGGAUAUACAGGCGUUUGAUGCUCCGGCGCUGCUGCAGCCGUUCUUGCAGGUGAUCAGGAGUAGCAGUACGACAGCACCGAUUACGAGUCUGGCUUUGAUCGCGAUCACGAAGAUGUUGUCGUACAACAUCAUUAAUCCCUCGAAUCCGAACUUCAGCUAUGGAAUGCAGCUACUGGCGUCUACGGUCACGCACUGUCGAUUUGAGGGUGACAACAGUCCAAGCGACGAGGUGGUUUUCUUGCGGAUAUUGAAACUUAUGGAGGACAUGAUCUGCGGAGCGUCUGGCGAUGUGCUCGGAGACCAGAGUGUGUGCGAGAUGAUGGAGUGUGCGCUUUCGAUCUGCUGCCAUCUGCGUAUGAGCGAGGUGCUGCGGAGGAGUGCUGAAAUCAGCAUGGUGACCAUGUGUCAAGUCAUUUUCGCUCGUCUGAAGACGCUGGAAACGGAGUUCGAGGAGCAAGGGGGCGAGAACAUGGAAGAUAUGGAUGGCAAAGUCACACAAGAGGAUAUGGACGCUGCCAAGAUUGACUCGUCUGCCAACGGUGACAUCGGGCCGGAGAAGAUGCAGAAGAUGAGGCCGGUGGGCUUGGAGGUGCCUGGGCAGCCUCAGUCGAGCAGACCUAGUAUGGAUGUGAAUGGCUCUCAGCUGGAUCUUUCGAAGCCGUUGGCGGAAGACGAGGACCCGACUGAUGUCAGGCCGUAUGGACUGCCAUCGAUCCGAGAGCUGUUCAGAGUGCUGGCGGACCUGCUGGAUCCUCAUGAUCGACAACGGACCGAUACGCUGCGAGUGAUGGCUCUCCGGAUAGUGAACGUUGCUCUUGAAGUGGCUGGACCCAGCAUUGCCAACCACCCAUCGUUGGCCUCUCUGGCCAAGGACACCCUGUGCCGAAACCUGUUCCAGCUGGUGCGGUCAGAGAAUAUUGCAAUCCUCCACGAGUCGCUGCGUGUUGCUGGCACAUUAUUGGCAACCUGCCGCAGCGUGCUGAAGCUGCAGCAAGAGCUGUUCCUCUCUUAUGUGGUGGCCUGCUUACAUCCUCGAGUACCUAUACCCGACGAGCCCAACAUUGACUCGAGCCUGUACCGAGGCGUGCCUCAUGCGCCUGCUUUGGUGAAGCAGCAACCGGCUUCUGGAACUGCUAGUGGACGGUCCACACCUGUACCUGUGCGAGAUCGACAGAAGCUCGGCAUGGAAGGAGGCUCUCGAAAACCUGAUGCUCGUGAAGCAAUGGUUGAGAGCGUCGGCGGUCUGGUCAGAAUACCUUCAUACAUGGCUGAGCUGUUCGUCAACUAUGACUGCGAGAUCGACCGAAGUGAUCUCUGUACGGAUAUGGUCGGGCUGUUGUCGCGCAACGCCUUUCCGGAUUCUGCUACCUGGAGCACUACCAAUGUUCCUCCACUCUGUUUGGACAGUCUUCUAGGCUACGUGCAGUGGAUUGCCGAGCGACUUGAUGGUGAGCCCACAACUGAGGGCUUGCGCGACGCUGAAGCACUGCGUGAGCAAAGAACUCGGAAGAAGAUCAUCAUCCGCGGUGCGACAAAGUUCAAUGAGUCGCCGAAGGGCGGCAUUGCUUUCCUCGCAGCACAAGGCAUUAUCUUGGACCCUAACGACCCGCAUGCUGUCACGAGCUUCUUGAAGGGCACGACACGCAUCGACAAGAAAGUGCUGGGUGACUUUAUAUCGAAGAAAGCCAACGAUGCGAUCCUAGAUGCCUUCAUGGAUCUGUUCGACUUCCGUGGCCUGCGUGUUGAUGAAGCAUUGCGGCAACUGCUCAACACUUUCCGAUUGCCUGGCGAAUCGCAGCUGAUCGAACGCAUCGUCACGGUAUUUGCGGAGAAGUACUUCGCCUCUGCACAGCCAAAGGAAAUCGCUGAUAAGGACGCCCUCUUCAUCCUGACCUACGCUAUCAUCAUGCUGAACACGGACCAAUACAACCCGAACGUCAAAGACCAGAAUCGCAUGAAGUUCCAGGACUUCUCACGCAACCUGAGAGACGUCAACGGCGGAGGCAAUUUCGACCCCGAAUAUCUGCAGCAAAUCUACGAUGCGAUCAAAUCCCGUGAGAUUGUGCUUCCGGAGGAGCAUGACAACAAGCAUGCCUUCGAGCAUGCCUGGAAAGAGCUGCUGGUCAAGACCGCAACAGCAGAAAACCUCGUCAUCUGCGAUACCAAUAUUUACGACGCUGACAUGUUCGCCGCGACAUGGCGUCCCAUCAUCGCUACACUCAACUACGUGUUUGUGUCGGCGACAGAAGACGCGGUCUUCCAGAGGGUAAUUGCAGGCUACAACCAAUGCGCACAAAUCGCUGCACGAUACAAUAUCAGCGAAUGUCUAGAUCACAUCAUUCUGAGCCUAGCGAAGAUCAGCACGCUUGCAACUGAGGCACCGCCGAGCACCUCGCUCAAUACUGAGAUUCAGGCGAGUGGUAAGAGUAUCAUGGUGAGCAAGUUUGCUGUCGAUUUCGGCCGGGACAACAAGGCGGAGCUGGCGACGCUUGUCUUGUUCAGGAUCAUCAAUGGCAACGAGGUGGCUAUCAGAGAUGGUUGGACGCACAUCGUUCGCAUUAUCAUCAACCUCUUCGUCAACUCACUCGUCCCGACCUCCUUCACAUCGAUCUCCAGAGACCUCGACCUUCCGCCCAUACCUCUGCAAUCGCCCGCUCAGGUCAUCGAGCGCAACGACAAGUCUAACGAAGUCGGCCUCUUCUCUGCCUUUACAUCUUAUGUCAGCUCCGUCAUGAAUGAUGAGCCUCCCGAACCGAAUGAUCAAGAGAUCGAAGCGACCCUGUGCACUGUCGACUGCAUCAAUGCUUGCCGAUUUGAAGAGAUCUUGGGCAAUGUCAGCGAGCUGCCAGUAGAAAGCUUAAAGUCUCUGACAAUGUCCCUCUUGGCGCAUCUACCGGAGCACGACAGUCCUCGGGUGAUAGCUGUCAAGCCAGAGCUGCCUGCGCCGACUCCACUCCGGGCCAAUGGCACUAAGAGCGCUGGAUCGGAAGCUCCUGUGUACGACCCAGCUGUUGUUUACGUGCUGGAGCUCGCCACCAUACUAGCAUUGAGAGACGAGGAGACGAUUACUGCCCUUGGCUCGGACGUCGCGGGUGCCCUGCAAGCCGUCAUAGCAGACGCCGAUCGACUGCACCCGGUCGCUCUGAGCCGGACUGUGUUCUACCUCCUGGCGCUUCUUCGCGCGAGCAACGAUCACGGCUACAUCAGAGCGCCGGUCGUACUACAUGCCAUCUCAAGCUUCCGGGACAACCUACUUAAGCAGUGCGCUCAGCCAAUCCUCAAAGGCGUCUACGGCUGCAUGAGCGGGCCAACAGAGCUGAAGAACGAGAUGGCCACCUCGCCAGAUUUCUGGGCUGUCUUGCACACGCUUCAGCCACAGCCAGAUGCCGCUGGGCUGGCGUUCCAGAUCGCAGAGUCUAUUGCUGACCCUUCUAGCUCGGCCAUUACUGCGGACAACUACGAGGCCGCCGUCUCUUUGCUCAACGCAUUUGCAACAGCGGGUAGUGUGGGCGCUCGGGAUGAGCAGAAGCGAGAGCAAGCGCCGCGGCGAGGCCAGCAACAGCCCCCUCCAGAAAAGAAGCCCAAGAAAAACGAAGCCGUCAUCCGCGCCACACGAGCUCUGGUUCUAGUCUCACAGCUCGCCAGCCGCGUCCCCUCUCUGAUCGAACAAUCCCACCUCGAAACCAACGAAGCCUGGCGCGCCUACUGGUCACCCGUCUUCCGCUGCCUCGCCACCCAAGGCUGUAACCCCUGCCGCGAAGUCCGCCACCAAGCCCUCACCUCCCUCCAACGCUGUCUGCUCUCCCAAGAGCUCGCGUCCCCCGACCACAACGAAUGGACCAACAUCUUCUCCGAAGUCCUGUUCCCCCUCAUCAACCAACUGCUCAAACCCGAAGUCUACCAGACCGAUCCGCACGGCAUGAGCGAGACGCGCGUGCAGGCGGCGCAGCUGCUGUGUAAGAUCUUCCUGCACUACCUCGUCCUGCUCAGCGAAUGGGAGGGGGUGUUGGAUCUGUGGGUCAAGAUCCUGACAAUCAUGGAUCGGUUGAUGAACAGCGGGCAGAGCGACAUGCUUGUGGAAGCUGUACCGGAGUCGUUGAAGAAUAUUCUGUUGGUGAUGAGUAGUGGCGGCUAUUUGAUUCCGCCUUCCGACGAGUCGAAGGAGCAGACGGAGCAGCAGAGGCAGCUGUGGAGUGAGACGUGGACGAGGCUGGAGCGGUUUUUGCCUGGUUUGAUGCCGGAGUUGUUCCCUGGGGAGUCGAAUCGGCCACAACCGCAGCAGAAUGGGAGGCAUGCACGGGACGGGGCGGCGACGCCUAGUGGUGAUUCUGAGCAGACGACGCAGUUGCCGGAGAGGCCGGCGUCGACAGUCGCUGAACCGCAGCCUGCGUGA